CUCACCUAUUGAUUGUGUGGUUCAAAUCAGGUAACAUUUUUGCUCACAGUUUAAAUAAGUUCCUACCCUGAUCCGGAGCUGUCCGCCCUUUCUCCCGCUCCGAAACAGGGAGUAAACGGCCGGCCAAAGGCCUAGCAGGAGUAGCUGCUGCAAAGCGGCUUCGUCGCCGCAGGAAUGAGCACUAGGAAAAUAAGAACUUUCAAAAAAUGGAUGAACUGGGAACGCGUAGAGUGCAGCGACGCCUUGGAGCUCGUCGAAGCGGGAUCCUCCUUCUUUGUCAGAGCUGUCUCCGAUUUGCACGACGGCGAUGUGGUGGCGAAAAUCCCCAAGGAGAGCUGCUUGACGAUUAAAACGUGUGGUGCUCGGAAAAUGAUUGAGGAAGCUGAGCUUGACGGUUACUUAGGCCUGGCCGUAGCUCUCAUGUAUGAACGGAGUCUCGGUCCCCUCUCCCCCUGGUAUGGUUAUCUUCAGCUUCUCCCCCAUUCAGAGCCUAUCCCUUUGCUUUGGCCUCUCUCUGAUAUUAACUCUCUUCUUGCUGGCACAGAGCUCCACAAGGAAGAUUAUUAUAGAAGACAAGAUUCUAAUCCACGAGGACUGGAAAGAGUGCAUCCAACCUCUUUUGGCCAAUUCUACCUUGGGCCUUAACCCAGAACAUUUUGGUAUUGAAGAAUACUUUGCUGCAAAAAGUCUUAUUGCUUCUCGAUCAUUUCAAAUUGAUGAUUACCAUGGAUUUGGGAUGGUUCCCCUUGCAGACCUUUUUAAUCACAAGACUGGUGAUGAGGACGUGCACUUCACAUCCAUAUCCUCCUACUCUGAAUCAGAUGGUGAUGUGGAUGAGGUAGAAUCUUUGAGUGAGGGUGACUUGGAUUCCUCUUCAAUACAAGGGGACGAUCCUUCAGCUCUAGAAAUGAUCAUGGUGAAAAAUGUCAAAGCAGGAGAAGAGGUAUUCAAUACAUAUGGAUCCUUAGGUAGUGCUGCAUUGUUGCAUAGGUAUGGAUUCACAGAGCCAGACAAUCCCUAUGAUAUUUUAAACAUAGACUAUGAACUGGUGCUUCAGUGGAGCUCUUCUCAGUUCUCAUAUCGCCACACUAGGAGGAGGGUUUCACUGUGGAGAAAGCUGACUUGUUGUGGAUGUGUCAGUCAAGACACUGAAUAUUUUGAAAUCACAUUCCAUGGUGAACCACAAAUUGAGUUAAUAAUUUUGAUUUACAUAAUGUCGAUGUCAGAUGAAGAAUAUGGUGAAGCCGAUCUUGCUGUAUCGGUCAUGGGUGGUGAUGUCAGGAAAUCCUGGCAACUAUAUUUAUCACACAAUGGAGUUUCAUUUGAAAAUGGAUUAGAAUUUGGGGGGAAUUCAUUGCUCAGAGAACGCAUUCACAUGGCUCUCUUGUCACUAGCAGAUGCCCGGGAGAGUUUAUAUGGUACUGAGUCUCUCAGAAUUGACAUUGAUGAUCUGAAUAGGAGCUCUCAGCUGACCAAGCCUAAACUGUAUCAUUCAUUGAUGCUACGAAUAAGCGAGAGGAAGAUCCUUCAAAAGUUAAGAAGUUAUGCUUCUACACUGUAGAAUCAAGUGACCCGUCAGCAUUCCUACUAUGAUGUUUUCCUUAACUGAUCUGGUGAAGCAAUGUUUUCAAAAGUGUAAGGUUUGAGGGUAGGGUAGGUGCGUGGAAGACUGGGAUGCGGUCCCUAUGCAGCACCUGGACUGCGCAUAGGUGGGGUCUACUAAAAAAUAAACCUUUUGGCCAAGAUAACCUUAUUGACUGGGGGGUGUAUGAGCUCUCAAGAGAAGGUGAACUCCAAAUUUUGAUUUUGACAAGUUCAAAUUUUGAAAUUUUAGUGUAUGAUGACUUCGUUGAGUCUUUCUUUAAUGUUUUAUGAUCAUUUAAUCUCAACCGUAUACAUGUAGAAAUGUAACUUUAAUGAUGUGUCCCAUAUUAAAAAUGGACCAUCUACACUAUCUUUGUCAGGUGAUUGGAAUUUAGGGAGUGUGACUGAAUUUAUUGAUUAGAUUUAAACACGCAAAAUUAUAGG